AUGCCUGCCGACAUUCGCAAUUUCUUUGGCGGCGGACCCAAGGCGAGCCAGGGUAGUGGGAGCCAGAACGAGGAGAAAGUAACCAAGAAAGCGGCGCCGAAGAAAACCAGCAGAGCAGCCCGAGUAGUCGUUGACGACUCUGACGACGAUGAGGAAGCAGACGUCAAACCCAAGAAGGCAACACCAAAAAAACCACCGCCGAAGAAGGUGAAACGAGAGCCCACACCUGAACUCGAAGAAACGACGACCUCUGCCUUCUUUGCAAGCUCAAACAAGCCUAAGCGAUCCGACCCUGUUAAGACGAAGCCUGCAGAGACACCGAAAGCCACGCCCAAGGAGCCACCAGCAAAGGCAAACGGACAAGGACCAAAGCCAACCACAUCAGCUUCCAAUGGUAGAGCGUCUGGGAGGGCCAAGAAACCCAUCACCUCGUAUGCAGAGAAGGAGGGUAAUGACGAGUUUCCCGACGAUGACCUUGAGGACGCCGAGGACAUCUUUGGAGCAAACGUCAAGGCCAAGGACGACUACGUGGAGCUCGCGGAUAGCGACGAUGAGCAGCCCGUCAGACUGCCACAUCGCGGAACUCCAAAGGCACCAGCCAAGCAGCAAAAGAAGAUCAAGGAUGAAGAUGACUUUGAUCCCGAGAACGCCGACGAGGAUGUGGACAUGAAGGAUGUGGACGCAGACAAUGACUUUGUUGUACCGGACGAAGAAGAGCAGGUCUCCAAGAGCAAACCCAAGAAGACAUCGGCUGCAAGCCGAAAACGUAAAUCGCCAGAGCUGGACGACGACGAUGACGAGGAAGAGGAUGAGAAACCAAAAAAGAGCCGCGCAAAAAAGACCACCCCAGCAAAAUCUCCUGCAAAGAAGAAGGCGAAGAAGGAGGAGGUCGCCGAAAAUGCGGAUAUCCAAGCUAUCUAUGACAGUAUUGCAACAGUGCGUGCGCCUACGCCACCCCCGAAAGACCCCAAUGCAAAGUUCGACUUCAGGGCAAACGCGGGACGCUCAGAACCUGCACCCCUGGGAGGAUCCUCUGGUGAAAUGCCCUCAGGAUCAGAAUCAUGUCUGGCUGGUCUGAACUUUGUCUUCACUGGUGUCUUGCAGAAGUGGGGUCGCACAGAGGCACAAGAGCUUGUCAAGCGACAUGGUGGCAAAGUUACGGGCGCUCCGAGCAAGAAGACAAGUUUUGUUGUACUCGGGGAAGACGCUGGUCCUAGCAAGUUGCAGAAGAUCAGAGAUAUGAGCAUCAAGACCAUCAAUGAGGAUGGGCUUGCGGACCUCAUAGAGAAGCUAACAGCAGCUGGCAACCAGGGUGACUCCAAAGCACAAGCAGCCUACCAAGAAAAGCAACGCAAGGAAGAAGAGGCUAUCAAGAAGCAAGCCGCUGAAAUUGAGAAAGAAGAAAAGCGCCGUGUGCAAGAGCUGAAGGCCGUAGAGGCUGCUGCGGGUCGCAAGUCUAACUCCGCUGACACAGCGGCCACAAAAAGUACAGAGCCUGAAGUCGAUUCGCGGUUAUGGACAACCAAAUAUGCGCCAACAUCGUUAAAUCAGAUCUGCGGAAACAAAGCUACCGUAGAAAAGAUCCAGCGAUGGUUGCAGCGCUUUCCAAAGAACCUCAAAACCGGAUUCAAGCUUGCUGGUCCAGAUGGCAGUGGUGUGUUUCGCGCUGUUAUGCUACACGGGCCUCCAGGUAUCGGCAAGACCACGGCAGCCCAUCUCGUAGCAAAGCUCGAAGGAUACGAUAUUGUGGAGAGAAAUGCCAGUGAUACUCGAAGCAAAAAACUCAUCGAGGAGGGCCUGCGAGGUGUGCUCAGCACGAACUCACUCCACGGCUACUUCGCUGGCGACGGCAAGAAGGUCGACGCAUCAAAGAAGAAGCUUGUCUUUAUCAUGGAUGAAGUCGAUGGUAUGUCAGCCGGUGAUCGAGGAGGUGUAGGAGCGCUUGCUGCGGUUUGCAAGAAAACGGAAAUACCUAUGAUUCUCAUCUGCAACGACAGAAAGUUACCCAAGAUGAAACCAUUUGACUUUGUCACCUACGACCUGCCUUUCCGACGGCCAACAGUCGACCAAGUUCGCUCUCGAAUCAUGACAAUCGCGUACCGAGAAGGCUUGAAGAUGCCAGCGCCCGUCAUAAACGCGUUGAUCGAAGGCAGUCAUGCUGAUAUCCGACAAGUUGUCAAUAUGAUCUCGACCGCCAAGCUAGACGAAGCUGCCAUGGAUUUUGACAAGGGCAAACAGAUGUCGAAAAACUGGGAGAAACACGUCAUCCUGAAGCCAUGGGAUAUCACUCAAAAGAUUCUUGGCGGUGGUAUGUUUGCUGCUAGCAGCAAGGCCACGCUGAAUGAGAAGAUUGAGCUCUAUUUCAACGACCAUGAAUUUAGUCCCCUCAUGCUGCAGGAGAACUACCUCGGCACCAAUCCGAUGCAGGCUCUCAAUUACUCUGGCAAGGAAAAGAAUCUAAAGAUGCUUGAGCUUGCGUCUAACGCGGCGGAUAGUAUCAGUGAUGGUGACCUCGUCGAUCGUAUGAUCCACGGCUCUCAGCAGCAGUGGAGCUUGAUGCCCACUCACGCCGUCUUUAGUUUCGUCAGACCUGCAAGUUUCGUCGCUGGUAGCACAGCCGGUAACCAGACUCGCUUUACGUCAUGGCUAGGCAAAAACAGUAGUACGAACAAGCUUAGUCGAAUGGUCAAGGAAAUUCAAGCCCAUAUGCGACUGCGAUCUUCCGGUGAUCGACAUGAGGUUCGGCAACAGUAUAUUCCAGUGCUUUGGACUGAAUUGGUUCAGAAACUUCAGAAAGACGGCAAAGACGCUGUCCCAGCGAUCAUUGAUCUCAUGGACAGUUACUUCUUGACGAAGGAUGACUUCGAUGCAAUCAUGGAGCUGGGUGUGGGUUUCAUGGACCAAGAGAAGAUCAAGAUUGAGACGCAGGCUAAAGCGACCUUCACGCGACUCUACAAUCAGCAAUCUCACCCCCUACCAUUCAUGAAAGCCACCUCGGUUGUUGCGCCCAAGAAGCAAGCUAAAGAGAAGCCUGAUCUCGAAGAAGCGAUCGAGGAAUCAGAUGAUGGCGAAGUGAUUGAGGAAGUCAAGGAGGAAGAUGAGGAAGGGGAUCUCUCAAAGGACAAGUACGUGAAGCAGCCGAAGAAGAAGGCGGCAGGCAAAAAAGCGGCGCCAAAGAAAGCCGCAAAAAAGAAGGCCAAGGACGACGAGGACGAGGAUGAAGACGAGGACGAUGAAGUCAAACCCAAAGCGAAGGGUAAGGGCAAGGCUGCUGCCAAGGGAAAGAAGAAGUGA